CUAGUUCCGCACGUUGUUGCAUUUCUGCAACAUACAUCCGCGAGGCGAGCCGUCCAGUGCUGCCAUCUGUACUCAGGCGGCGAAACUGCUCUCUAAAAAGCGUGACAGCCACCACGUGGACGCUCAACAAGUGACACAGGUAAGCCUUGACUACUGCAUAUCACGUUCUAUACAGUGUAAUGCAAAACAAAAAAUUUGCGACUCAACUUAAUGUCCUGCUGAUUAUGUAAAUACUAAAAACCUUAAGAUUAUCGACGAAGUUUGUCUUUGGAAGCAAAAAAUAGCUAUGUUGCACAGAUGCAACAACGUGCACGACGGUGUUUUUUCUUCGUAGAGCAGACACAAUGGACCCCAAACGGUUUUACAGCCGUGGAAUUCCUUCCGACAGUGAGGACAGCGAGCUCUCCGGCAGUGACGAUGACUCUGAUUAUGUCCAACCCCCUGCAAAAUGUAGUGCCAGUUCAAGCGAGGCGAGUACAAGCUCUGACGAAGAGGAAGCUCCCGCAAGCCAACCAGCUGAUCAGUCAUCAACUCAAUCUAAGAGAAGAAUUAUCUGGAAGAAUGCAAGCCUGAUGCGGGAUCCUGAAACAGUGAAGUUCACUGGACAAAAUGAGCUUCCGCAGGAAGUUUCAGAGUUGGAAACACCUUUCCAAUACUUCAAGUUCAUCUUUCCAGGCGCUCUUAUUUCGCUUAUUGCAAAUGAGAGCAAUUUGUACUCAGUCCAGAAGGAUGCCAGUAAGCCCCUCUGCACCAGUGCCGAGGAGAUUGAAGUUUUUCUAGGCACCUGCAUGUGGAUGUCUAUAAUUCAGCUGAAGAACACUAGGUGGUACUGGAGUGAAGCUACCAGAGUAAGCCAAGUAGCUGACCACCUCACGGUGACACGCUUCGAACAGUUGAAGCACAACCUUCACUUUGUGGACAACAGCUCUCUCGGCCCAAGAGAUGAUCCUGAUAGAGACCGGCUUGCAAAGAUACGACCGCUCGUCGAUGCUGUAAAUGAACAGUUGUCGCUGAUACCGCUUGAAGAGCACUUGUCUGUGGAUGAACAGAUUAUACCUUUCAAAGGCGCAAGUGCACUGAAACAGUACUGUCCCCAGAAACCAAAAAAAUGGGGGUACAAAGUAUUUGUUCUCUCAGGAGUAAGUGGCUUCUCGUACAAGCUAGAACUGUACACGGGACAAGAAAACUCUGCCCCAAGACGUGCAGGAGAGCCUGACUGUGGAGCAAGCGGGAACAUUGUUGUUCGAUUGUGCAGGUUAAUCCCAAGAGGAGUCCACCACAAAGUGUAUUUCGAUAACUACUUCAACUGUCCAACCCUUCAGGUGUACCUGGAAAAAGAAACCGUGCACUGCAUUGGUACAGUUUGGAUCAACCGAGUAACGGGUAUCAGCAUGCCAUCUGACAAGGAAAUGAAACAGAAAGGAAGGGGAAGCUUUGAAGAGAAGGUAGCGACCCUGGAUGGCAUUCAGCUGUCGUGUACAAGGUGGCAAGACAACAGAGCCGUCACCAUGCUGUCCACCUUUGUUGGGGCAGAGCCUGUCCUAACUGCGCCAAGGCGCUUAUAA